CGUGGCACGGCGGUUUCGAAGAGACGAUGCUGGCGGCAGUGAGAGCCAUGAUGCGGUCAGCAAGGGCUCCAGCGAGACUCUGACGCGGACUGGCGACCCUGUGCUGCAGUCUUUGGCGCGAAAGUCACUCGCAGUGCAGCGUAGGCUGCUCUGUAGCCUCACGGCUCGCCUCAGCCGACAAUGGCGGGAUCGCUCAAUGGCCAUGCGCCAGCAGCACUGGCUCAGGAAGGCUCCAAUGCCGUGCCUGUCAAAGCGACUACGCCACCGAGCGCGAGCAAGGCUAUCAGCGGCCCUCAGCCGAAGUCAGCAAUACCUGCGCAUCCCGUCUCAGCGAAUGGAACGGAUGCAAUGGCGGUAGCUGGACCGUCAUCAGAGCUCACAUCUAAGCAAGAGGAAGAUACGCCUAUGACGCGCGAUCCUACGGCCGAGUUGCCCAUCGUCGGAGAGGAUCUGUGCUAUCUCGGUCGUCUGAUGGAAGGCAUGGCUACACAUGUCUUCAAAGAUCUUCAGAACCUCGUCGAAGUGCUGCCGAGCAAAGAUGCCAGAGCGCGGCCGAGAGCGAUCAUCGAGUUCGUCCUGUCUGCGCGGCAGCAGCUCAUCAAAUUGCUCGUCCUCCUGCGAUGGUCAGAGCAUACCGACGGCCUUCAGCGCGCCAUUAAUGUGAUUGCAUUCCUGCAAGACUUUGGCUACGAGUUUAAACGGACAGAUCAAAUCCUGACUACUCUCAUAGAAGACGAAUCUAUUGCUGCAAGAGUGCGAAAGUAUGAUCUUACGACUGCGAUAGAUCUCCUGACGACGGGAAGCUAUCGACGCUUGCCCAAAGCCAUCUCUGCGUACGCAGAGGCAGAGUACCUAGACGAUCAAACUGUGCUCUCGGUGAUGGAGAGGAUGACGCGCAAGAUUAGAUACCGCCUAGCCGUGGCGACAGAGAUACCCGACGGCAUGCGUGUCGACAAGCUAGACGACGGCAAGGUCACUCUAUCAGUAGCCGGGUUGUUCGAAGUCGUGCUCACUCUCGGCCCGAUAAAUUUGAACGAGGCCAGAGAGAACACCGCAGACGAUGAGGACAUCGAUCAAGACGGUGAGGAGCAGCGGUGGUACGUUCUCGAUGUAAGAUGGCUGUAUGACGUCUACAACAGCUCGGGCGAACCUAUACCCCUUCAAGCCAAGGGCAAAGCAAAAGAUGAUCUGGUCGAUUUGACAAAUAUCGAGCUAGCGCGAGAUUGCGAGACGACAGACGAUGCAGCUGCACUGCAACGACUCUUCGAAUAUCUCAACCGGACAGCGCUAUGUCACAAGCUCGUCGUCUUGCAUGCUGAUGCAAUGGCAUUAUCGCGGACGCCGCGAGGAAGCGGUCUUGCUUCUAGGCUAUCGCAGGACCGUCAGCAGCUCGUGCUGGAGUAUUGGCGGGAUCAUUCAAAUGCACGGGACAGCAAGAAAGAGAUUUCUCAUUCGUCUAUCAUACUGAGCGUCGACAGUAAUCCGUCACCGACUGCUACAAGUCGGCUGCGGAAACAUUUGCGCUCGCCAGAUGCGCCUCGACUUGCCUCGCUGCUCAGGACAGAAUGGCGGCCCGAUGGCCCGACCGUCAUCCCCUUGACCGCUCUCGAAGUGCUCGAUGGCAAAGGUGUCGACGAUCUGUUGAAAGUAGCCACCUUACACCAUGCUCGCAUGAUACUGCGUCAGAUCAUGAGGGAGCUCGGCGAAGACGUUGCAGAUGACCGGAUAGAAGACGACCGUCCAGCUUUGCAUAUCAAGCUAGCUGGUAGCGCGAUCUUGCUUGUUUCGGUCGAUCAGCAAUCCGGCAGGGUGCAUCUGCGAGCACAAGGAGACGUGCCGGUUCGAUUACGUACCUAUAUCGCUUCGGAUGCUAGAACGCUUACAGCCGAGUCUUUAGCCAACGUCAAAACGAUACGGAGUGUCAUUGCAAGAUCGCGUCGGCUAGCUGUCGAAGGUGCCAUUGACUGCCUCGACUGGCACAAGCAGCCUGGUUCGUUGCUUGACCCUUCAGAUCAUGACAUCUCCGGACGUAGUGGGUGCGAGACCGUUCUCAUUGCUCUGCCAGAUCUCGCCGACUAUCUACUAUCGAUCGCAUGCGAUGAGCAGCCAGAGUAUCGUCUGCUGCAAACCCGACCGGUAUCCAUUGAGCGAGAGAUCUCUACUGGCAUCAGGCGGGUGCUCCAAGCUGCGCAAUACAACGAUGACGAAGCACGGGAGACGCUAGCACUCGAUCACCUGGCGAGCAUCUACGAGCAAUGCAGACUACGCGCGACAACGCUCUGUUUGCAGCACCAGCUCCAUGCGCGUGCUCUGUCAUAUCAGGUGCUGACGCAGUCUAUCUGCGUAUCCAUUGGCGCAUUACCCUACUUGCGACAGGAUAUGAUCUGGCCGAACAUGUUCAUCUCCGUUCGCCUGUCUCGACAACCGGGCGAGCUAACGUGUAUUGCUUUCCAAGUCAAAUUACGAGCAAAGCCUCGUACAUUGACUCUAGAUGCCGUCCGCGGUCUCGGACUCACUGUGGCACUCACGAGCGAGCACGUCGCUCUCAUGAUCACUGACGAGCUCCAAGGCGCCAUCACGCUCGGCCUCAAAGCACUGAUACAGCUUUGCGAAGGUCGACGUGCAUAGAGUGCUCAGCGCUAGCUGGAGCAUGGUCUGAUGGGUGUCAAUCGAAAUGCAUCGAUGCGCGCAUCAUCGGAAACUGAAAUCUCGAAUAAUCCGAGGAUUGCUAUUGGCU